CUUGCACGUUGAAAUGACAAGUGUCAAACAUCUCAAAACAAACGCCGAAGCGGCAUUUUACAAGCCCAGCAGAUUUUCCAGGAUUUGAAAAGAAUUUUAUGAAAAUAACAUCAUGUUCUACCACAUAUCUUUGGAACACGAAAUCCUGCUUCACCCGCGCUACUUCGGUCCGCAGUUGAUCGAAACCGUCAAGCAGAAGCUGUACACCGAGGUCGAGGGCACCUGCACGGGCAAGUACGGGUUCGUGAUAGCGGUCACCACGAUCGACGACAUCGGUUCCGGUGUGAUUCAGCCGGGCCAGGGCUUCGUGGUGUACCCGGUCAAGUACAAGGCCAUCGUGUUCCGGCCGUUCAAGGGCGAGGUGCUGGACGCGGUCGUGACCCAGGUCAACAAGGUGGGCAUGUUUGCGGAGAUUGGCCCGCUGUCGUGCUUCAUUUCGCACCACUCGAUUCCGGCGGACAUGCAGUUCUGCCCGAACGGAAACCCGCCGUGCUACAAGUCCAAGGACGAGGACGUGGUGAUUGCGCUCGAGGACAAGAUCCGGCUGAAGAUCGUCGGUACCAGGGUGGACGCCACGGGAAUUUUUGCGAUCGGAACACUUAUGGACGAUUAUCUCGGACUGGCUUGUAGUUAAAUUAUGAUUAGGCACUUUUAAUUGUAACAAAGAACGAUAUUUCCACGUUUGUCUAAUAAUGAAAUCUAACUUUUAAGGUAUACAAAA